AUGGUGCAGCAUUCACAUCGCAAGAAUCCUCCAUCAGUUCUUAUGAUCUUUCCAAUUCUUUCAAUUAUAUUUGCUGUUCCAAUCAAUGCCUCUACCAAGAUUUUAGAAGAAGUGGUACCGGUGGUCGUGCCCCAAGCACCAACUACAGAAAUUAAGUGCGGAGCUUGUCCGUGUGUGAACCCAUGCGGCCAACAGUCACUUCCACCGCCUCCACCGCCAAGGUUCACAUACUGUAAUACACUUCCGUCUCCUCCACCGCCUCCAAGAUUCUACUACGUCACCGGUAUGCCUGGUCAGUUGUAUGGAGUUGAUCCAGAUGAUAGGUGGAGAUAUUUCUCUAAUGGUGGGCGGAAUUUUGUGGGCGGUUUCGUUGCUUUUAUCUGGCUAUGGGUUGUUGGGGCUCUUCAUUAUCUAUUAAGCAUCCUGUAG